CAAAACCUUCCGGGCCCCACCAACUCUAAACCCCAAACCCUCUCCCUCCUGCUCCGGCGUCGCCACCCACGAGCUCCACGCCUCCGCCGACGGGGCGCUGACCGCGCCGCCGGCCGCUGAUUGAAGUGCUUGGUGGAAAUGACUGAGAUGCAGAGAAAUUCAACAGAGCGGUGGAUUACUCAAAUGGUCAGAAAAUCUCAUAAGGAAGCUCUCAGGACUGUUACGGGACAAGACAUUACUGAUGAUGUAGGCCCUGGUGACGAUACCACUUGCUCUGCUGGUGAAAAUAGGUACCCUGAUUGGCCUGGAACUACAGUCUUCAGGAUGCUAAUUUCUGCUACAAAGCUCGGUCUGAUAAUUGGUUACAAAGGAGAGAGGGUUAGAAGACUGUGCGAGGAAACAAAAGCAUGUAUCCGUAUAUUAGGUGGUCAUCUUGCGGGGGCAGAAAGAGCUGUUAUCAUUUUCGCAAAGGAGCAACCAGAUGAAUUAAUACCUCCAGCCAUGGAUGCACUAUUGAGAGUAUUUCAGCACAUAAUUUAUGAUGAUGGCUUAAACAUGGGGUCUGAUAGUACAGUUGUGGCACGGAUCCUUAUACCAAGUGAACAGGCAGUGAGCCUUAUUGGGGAGCAAGGUUUGAUGAUAUAUUCUAUCGAGGAAGCUUCCAAAACUAACAUUUAUGUCCUUGAUUGUGACUUGCCGCCUGUUGCACUUGAAGAAGAUAGGAUUGUUGAAAUAUGGGGACAACCUGCACGCGUGCGGAAGGCUUUGGAACUUGUUGCUUCUCAUUUGAGGAAGUACCUGGUUGAUCGAAGUGUUAUCCCAUUGUUUGACCCUCAUGUGCCUUUGUCGAUGUUACACGUGGAAAUGCCCCAAUGUCAUUACAGUGACCAUCCUGAGGGAAUGCCCCCGCUUUACUACAGUGAUCAUCCCGAAGGCCGUCUAGAAGCAGUUAGUCCACUCUGCCAUUCCGACGAUCAUCAGCGUGAACCCCAAUGGACUGAAACUUACUACACGAGAUGCAGGAAUCCUGUCGAAGUUCCUACCUCUUUUGGAAGAUAUCGAUCAGUUACACCUCCACACCAUGGUAUAAGUGCGUAUGGACAAGAAACAUCUUCACCACCCAAGGGAACAUACCUAUCAGCUCCUAUUGAAUUAGGUUCACACCACAACCUGACAGCAUAUGAAUUAUUACGAGCAACUUCACCAAUCGGUGCAUCAGCUACUGUUGAAAGAAUACGCUCCCUUAUAUCUGUGCAUGGCCACCAAGCACAUCCACUGAGGAAGACAUGUCAAUCAGCUACAAUGGGAAAACGUCCACACCUGGGAAUAUCAUUAUAUGGAAGUAAAUCUCAUACCAGCAGGGUAUCUCCAUCCGCAGCUGCUGAUCUACCGACACCUCGUGGUAUGUCUGAAUAUGAACUGCAAGCAUCUCAAUCAUUGAGGAUGUAUCCACCAGCUACUGUGGAAAACCUUCUGCACUGUCGUGUGUCUGCGUGUGGCCCAGAAGCACCUUUGCAUGUGCCUGUGCGUCCAUUAACUAGUAAAUCACCAGCAAUCACUGCACAGGUUACUGAAAAGAUGCAAGUUCCAAUUAUCUAUGCUGAAGCCGUGAUUGGCCCGACUGGUGCAAGAAUUGAUUACAUUCGCCGCGCUAGCAGAUCGAGCAUCUUGAUAAAUGAUUUGGAGGAGGAUGCAAUGUCUAUUGAAAUCAAUGGAAGUUCUGCAACAGAUGUUCAGACUGCAGAGCAACUGAUAAAGAACUUCAUGGCCGAAGCUGCCGCUGCUUCCCCUGGUCAUAAGUUUGACUCCAUUCCAUCAUAUUUGCCUGCACCAAGAUCUCCUCAACCUGAUAUUCUAAGGACUUCGUACAUUGAGAAAGAAAGUGGUGUGGCAGAGCAGCGGCUGCAAACGAUUUACUGAAAAUUCCCAAGCUUCAAUUCUGCACAUACUCCCGAUACAGGAAAUUCCGUGAGAGUAUAUUCACCAAAAGUUUUGAUACUCGUCCUGAGAUGGUCCUAUUUUUCCUUCCGAGAUUCGUUGUGAGAAUUGUAUCUAAACUGUGUGCUAUCUGUGAGUGGCAGAGUUUUUGCUACAGGACUAGACAGCUUGGUUAAUUUGGAUGUAUACGCUAAUAGAAGUGCCAUUGUCCAAGCA